AUGACGUUCCCAAGCUUCCUCAGGUACAUGGAGUCCAGGGACUGCUGCGUGCUGAACCAGGAGCACACACGCGUGUACCAGGCCAUGGACCAGCCUCUCAGCCACUACUUCAUCUCCUCCUCCCACAACACCUACCUCACUGCCGACCAGCUGGUGGGGAAGAGCCACCUGUUUGCAUACAAAAGUGCUCUGCGGAAAGGAUGCCGAUGUCUGGAGAUUGACUGCUGGGAUGGACCGGACCAGGAGCCCAUAGUUUAUCACGGCUACACUCUGACCAGCAAGAUCCUGUUCAGGGACGUCAUCAGCACUAUCGCGCAGUACGCUUUCCAGGUUUCCCCCUACCCUGUGAUCCUAUCUCUGGAGAACCACUGCCACCCCCCUCAGCAGCAGGUCAUGGCCCACUACAUCACCACUAUCCUGGGGGACAGGCUCCUGGAUGCCAGCCUAGACCUCAGCUCCUCCACUGAGCUGCCCAGCCCACAGGAGUUGCAGUAUAAGAUUCUGAUCAAGAACAAGAAACUGACUUCCCGCCAGGAAACAGGAGAGAGAGAGGACGAGGGAGAGGAGGACAGUGAGGAGGAAGAUUACAGCGAGGAAGAUGAGGAUGAACAGCUGCUGGAGGGGAGCAGCUCCUCUACGCCUAAAGGAUCAGAGAAGAAAGUGGCCGCGGAGCUGUCCAACUUGGUAAUCUACACCAAGUCCGUCAAAUUCGUGAGCUUCAGCCACUCCAGGGAGAGCCAGCGCUUCUACGAGAACACAUCCCUGGCGGAGAAGAAGGCCCGCAAGCUCGCCGUGAAGUCAGGUCUGGAGUUCAUCCUCCACAACACCAGAUUCAUCAGUAGGAUUUACCCGGCCGGCUCCCGCGCCCUGUCCUCCAACUACAACCCCCAGGAGUUCUGGAACAUGGGCUCCCAACUGGUGGCUUUGAACUUCCAGUCCCGGGGACUGCCAAUGGAUUUAAACAACGGCCGUUUCCGGGACAACGGGGGGUGCGGGUAUGUCCUGAAGCCGCACUUCCUGAGGUGCCGUGAGGCGACCUUUGACCCCAGCUCCCUCCCGCCAGACCUGAAGCCUGUGCAGGUCCUGAUGAAGGUGAUAAGCGGCUCUAACCUCCCCACCUCGAAGGGCGGAAAGCCUGCCGACCUCUACGUGCGCGUGGAGAUAAACGGGGCGGCGCCUGACUACCGCAGGAUACAGUGCGAACCCGUCAGGCACAACUCGCUCAAUCCCAAGUGGGACGCCCCCAUGAACUUUGCCGUCAGCGUUCCUGAGCUGGCCCUGGUCCGAUUCACCAUCAGAGACCACAGCCUCCGCCCUGCCAACGACUUCCUGGGCCAGUACACCCUCCCGUUCACCAGCAUGAAGAAAGGUUACCGGUGGGUGCCACUUCUGUCCCGGGAGGGGCAUGAUCUGGAUCCUGCCUCGCUCUUCAUCUUCGUUUGGCACUCCUAAACCACCAGCCUCAUCCUCAGCCAUGUAAAUCAGAGCUACAUAGAUGUGUGUGUGUGUGUGUGUGUCUGUCUGUGGUACAGGAGAAAAAGGCAACCACAUCGGUCUUAUGAAUGAACUUUGUUGAAAAGAAAAUAAAUUCUGAAACACCCUUCAAAUACAUACGUAUUUCCUCCAUACUAAUUCCAAUCAUAAAGUUU